GUCAAGGUGGCAGUAGCCCAGGCCGACUCCGGCCACAGCCGUCACCGCCUUAGCACGGUAGUUGGCUGGGCUUGAGUCCUUGCGUAAACGUGCAGUGGCACUAAUCGUUCAACGUUGCAAAGUAAAGGCUCGCAUUGCGAACUGCUCUGGCAAGCGAGAUGUUCUGGUGCGGGUCCUGUGACAAGACGACCUCAGAAGCAUGCCGAGUGGAAGGGCAUAUCUGCUUAAGGUCGGACGAGGCAUUCAAUGCGGUCGCUGAAGAAGUCAACAGAGCCCAGGCAAUGCUGGAUACGAUGGUUGACAAGGCGUUGUGGCGAUGGCAGGCAGAUGUGCAGGUUGAACAUUGCUUGAUCGAAGAAGAUGCAGAUUGGGAGCCCGCUGACGAGUCUGCCGUCCUCUUCCUGGCUGGCGACCUCACCUCGGAAGAACGAGGCUUAUUUCAGCAUUUCUUGGAGUCGUUGGAAUUUUGGCCAGAAUACGAGUACACGGUUUCAAGUGGACUCAGGAAUACCGAUCCGAACUUCGCUGCUAUCGGAGAUCUAUUGACCAAGUUUCCCCGACGCCCAGCUGGCACUUACCUGCGGCAACCAGGCCUCCUCCUUCUGACCGACAAUGACCCAUCAGUCCGGUUGUACUUCGAUGGUGUCCGUCCUGGAGAAGGGGACGACAGUGUGAUUCUGGGUUGCGUUGCCGUCAACAUGCACCUUGUCUCCACCACCAGGCGGUUCAGUAGUUGCAAUUGCCUAAGCAGCGAGGAACAGGGUCGAUUGCUUCGAUUUUCCGACGUGCUCGAGGUGUAGGACAUGUGUAUUUUUUUUUGUUUAAUGCACCGCAUUCUUCCCAUCGGCAACAGUU